AUGAAUCAGCAAGAACUCAUAUUAGAAAGUUUAAAACAAUAUUAUGUUGAUGUUGAACGGGAUGAAUGGAAAUUAGAUACAUUAUUUGAUCUUUAUGAAACACUAGCAAUAGCACAAGUAAUAAUAUUUUGUAAUACUCGACAAAAAACCGAAUGGCUACGAGAAAAAAUGCAUGAUCGUGGAUUUCCUGCAUCACUAAUACAUGGUGAGAUGGAUUCAAAAGAACAUGAUCUCAAUAUGAAGGAAUUUCGAACGGGUACAACACGCGUCUUAGUAAUCACAGGUUUACCGUCGUGUAGUAUCGACGUAGGACAAUUACCUUUAACUAUUAAUUAUGAAUUGCCAUCUGAUAAUGAAAGUUAUGUUGCACGUAUUGGCCGCAGUGGAAAAUUUGGACGUAAAGGUGUUAUAAUUAAUUUUGUCACAAAGGAAGAUCAUCAAAGACUUAAGGAUAUCGAACAACUGCAUAGUAUACACAUUGAAGAACUGCCGAUGAACAUCUCAGAUCUACUUUGA